AGGAAAUCACCAUCAAGCAAUGAGAGUGAAGAGUGUGGUAGCUCUGCUGGUGUUGCUGCACUGCUGUCUGUCUGGAGCCCAGGUCCACAGAGACGGAGUCAGUGUCCAUCAGGUUGACUAUGAGGAUGGAGAGAGCAGAGGGAACGACAUUCAGGUUGACAAACCGAGAGCGGAAGCUGCAGCCACAACACACAGCCAGCAAACCUGCCAGACUGACAUCCACACUGUGCUGAGAGAGAUGAACACCAUGAUGGUGGAGCAGAGAGUUGAGCUGAGACACACGAAGACUGAACUGGGAGCCAUGGAGGCCCGACUGAGAGCUAGUGAGAGCGAGGUGGAGGAACUGAAAUCCAAAGUGGAGGAACAGACUAGAAGGAAUGAAGCACAAGCAUUGGAACUAAGCUCCAUGGAGACUCGUUCUAACAUCACUGAGAGCCACGUUGAAGUUCUGAAGAGACAUAUUGAAGACAUAAAGGUGGCUUUCUCCGCCUCACUUGGAGGACCUGCUUUCAGUGGACAAGUUGGACCCUUCAACACUGGAACCACCCUGGUCUACAGAAGUGUUUACACAAAUAUUGGCAAUGCUUAUAACCCCACGACAGGGAUCUUCACAGCACCAGUGAGAGGACUCUAUCUGUUCAGGUUUUACAUCUUUGCAUGGGGUGAUGAUUCAGUUCCUACAACCACGGCCUUGUUUAAGAAUGGACAUCAAAUGGCUAUGGCAUUUGCUCGCCAAGCUGCUGGUAGUGUUAAUUCCUCCAAUGGCGUGUCACUGCUGCUGGAGGUGGGAGAUGUGGUCUACGUGCAUCUCUGGGCUGGGCGGCAGAUAUUUGACAAUGUAAAUCGCCUCAGCACCUUCAGUGGCCACCUGCUUUUCACUAUGUAAGAGGAUUGUUGCAGUCAUUUUAUUUCAAUAUCAAAUCAUUUCUGAGUGACAAUGAAGUACCUUACUGUGAUAGAUUUAAAUUAUAAUGGGCAAGAAUUGCUUUUUGGCAGAUAACUAUUUCUCAAGCAAGAAUUUUGCUAGGUCUGUGUGUGGUCUGAGUAGAGAAGAGAAAACUGAAAACUAGAUUUUAUUGGCAGUAACUCUCUUUGUUAUUGGUGUACUGUUAUUAACCAAUUUACUGCAUGGUGAUGUCACCAUGGAAAGCUGAAAUUCCCUACCUGAACUUAUCCAAUAAGUAAAACUAAUAAGAUUCGUUUUUUCGUUUUCUGUUGCAAAACGUUUUGUUACGG